AUGCUCGAGUCUCUUGCUGUUAUUGUUAGCACUUCGCUGCCAUUGGCUUAUGGUAUGAUCAUGUGUGCAAGUGAUCGAGAUAAUGUAAGAUACAGCUAAGGGCUAAGCCUAAAAACCAACAAAAAAGUUUUUAGGCUCGUAAAAAUAAGAAGAGCGAUCGUUCGAAGAAGGGUGGAAAGAGUGGAAAGAGUAAGAAGAGCAGCCGUAGUAAGAAAUCAUCGCGUAGUAGCCGUGGAAAUUCCAAGUCGCGCAAAUCGAAAUCGAAAUCGCGCAAAUCAUCGAAAUCUGGAAAAUCCAAGAGAUCCAAAAAAUCAUCGAAGAGCAGCAGAAGCAAGAAAUCAACUCGUUCUACUCGUACAGCAAAACAAUCUUCAGCAAAAUUGGCCAAGAAUGCUGAAAAGAAAUUGGAAAAAUCGAGCAAGAAACCAGUGGACGCCACAACUGCAUCGAAUGAGGCGAAUCGUGGAUCGAACUCGGCUCGUGAAACGGCUGCUAAGAAAUCGAAUAUCGCUGAAGAGCUUCGUUCAAUCAGUGAGUAUUCUGGAAUUUUUUGAAUUUCCAUAACCAAAAAACACUUACAGAACAUCUCAAGACGAUGAGUGUUGCUCCAUCUCGACUUCCAUUCCCAUCUCAAGGAGGAAUCAACAGUAUUGACAUCAAAAACACUUCAAAUGAGCGAAAAGCUUAUAAAGUCAAAUGCUCUGACAAUUUGUUGUAUCGCGUCAAUCCGGUUUUCGGUUUUGCCGAGCCAAAUUCGACUGCCCGUGUUGAUGUUUUGCGUGCGAACGGUGAGGAGAAGAUGGACAAAUUGGUUGUCAUUACAGCGACUGUUAAUGACGAGAAGGACGCGCGUACUGUCUUCAAUCGUGAUGGAUUAGAACACGAAAUGAUGGUUGUUCCAUUGACAGUCAAUUGA